AGGCGACCCAAGCGAAGCCGAAGCCCGGAACACCUGGACAUCUUGACAAGACUUAGGUUUCCCUUUCACCAGAGCCUGUGACUUCUUGCCACUUGCCCGGCACGUCCCUGUAUGUUAAUAAGUUUACUUCCUAAACAACCCUUGACUCUGCCCCAGUUCUUGAAUGACUUCGGAGACCCAAAUGUUUCAGAAUGUGCAUCCUGGAAGCCAAUGGCUGUUCCAACCACUGGCGAUUUUGCUGUUGUUUGCCUCUGCAGGCAGGUCAACUGCAGAUCUUCCAAAAGCUUUGGUGAGACUUGAGCCCCCGUGGAUCCAGGUGUUCCCGGAUGACACUGUAACACUGGUGUGCCGGGGCCCCCACAACUCUGAGAACCAUUCCACUCAGUGGUUCCACGAUGGGACCCCCAUCCUGACCCAGCUCCAGCCCAGCUACACGUUUAAGGCCAAGAACAAUGACAGCGGGGCGUACCAGUGCCUGAUGGACCAGACCAGCCUAAGUGACCCUGUACAACUGAGCGUGAUUGCUGACUGGCUGCUGCUCCAGACCUCUCAACUAGUAUUCCAGGAAGGGGACACCAUCGUGUUGAGAUGCCAUGGCUGGAGGAACACCCCUCUGAACAGGGUCAUAUUCUACCAGAAUGGCACAUCCAAGAGUUUUUCCCACUUCAAUGAAACCUUCUGCAUACCACAAGCAAACCACAGUCACAGUGGUGAUUACUACUGCAAGGGAUAUUUAGGAAGGAUACUCCACUUUUCAAAGACUGUGACCAUCAUUGUUCAAGGUCCAGUCAUUCCAUCUACCAGUCGGCUUUGGUACCAAGUUGCUUUCUGCCUGGUGAUGGGGAUCCUGUUUGCAGUGGACACAGGCCUGUAUUUCUCUGUGCACAGAAAGAUUCAAACUCAAUGGGGGACUGGAGGAAUCAGCAAAUCAGAUGGCUCCAGGGCCCACAUACAAUGGUAAAACCACAAUGACAGUGGUCUCUGUUUCUACCAUAUUUCUUCCAUGACCUUCCCUUGAAAGCAACCUGGACAGAGGAGAUAAACCAACCUUCGCAGAGCAGCCAGGGCCCAGGUGAAACUGCAGAAGAAUUAGUAUGAUGAGCAAGAGUUCUGCUCCCAUGGUGAUCCUGACAACCUGCACCAGGUUGAAAGCUACAGAUGCUGUGGACACUGAGCACAUACCCAAGCAGAAACCCGGAAGCUCCUGAGAGCUCAACACUGAAGCUGACUUAAAACACACCCACCACGGCUCAGGGAAUUUUGCAAAAGAGGGAGUGGAAAGAUUAUAAGAGCCACAGGAUGGGAGGGACUCUCCAGAUCCAGAGGCAUCGCCCACCCCCCUCAGUGACUGACUGCUGUUUCCAUAGCUCAUAAGCCACAAUCUCAUGGGGAAUGCCAGCAUCCCACUGAGGAGAAGUGGGAUGAGGACAGGUGUGAGGGAAAUGAUGGU